AUGACAAGCAACCAAACAUGCUUCCCCGAGGUCGUCCAGAGCUCUCCAACCUUCUUCUCGGCUUGCAUUUUCACACCACUCAUCUUGACGAUUGUCUUGACUAUUUAUUUUUUUGUGAGAAGAUCAAAGAAAAUGGAAUGGAAGGAGAAUACAGUUACAGUCUCUGCUUCGCUACUUCCGAUAGCCAUUUUGGCUAUUGGAAGUGAUAAAACUGAGCUCGAAUGCCUGUUCUUCCUGCAAUUCAUUACUGGUUUCCGAAAUUUUGACAUCGUUUCCUGUGGAGUUAUUCUCACCGAGAUUUUGGCCGGAUCGUUGGACUUGUUCAUCGUUCUCUCAGUCAAUACUCGUAUCUUCAUGAUUAGCAAUUGCAAUUUACGAUUUGAUGCGCUUCAAAUCGUUCAACUAACGAAAGGAACUAUGAUAGUCUCUUUCGCUCUGGCUGUCGCACAGAUUUUGUGCAUUGUCUUGGCCAAAAAGAUGGUGGAUAUCCCAAACGAGUUCUUCAAAAACUUUGGACCGUUCCCCCUAUCCAUUGUUCUCUACCUUCCUCUCCUCCAAGUCUGCGUUUUGCUGUUCAUACUUCGAAAACGUAAUCCAAAAGUGGAUGGAAAAGUCGAUCCAAUCAAUGAAACAAAACGGAUGUGGAAACAUGGACCGAAAACUACAGGAAAUAAUAGUUUGUUUUUUACAAACUGUUCGCCCACUCCCGUCAGUGUAUUCUAA